AAGUACAAAUUAGUCUUUGCAACGUUUUUUCUCCAUUAAGGGAGUGAGUAGGAUAGUGAGAAGCUGUUUAAUUGCUGUUCAUUUCCAUUUACUGUAAAGAAAGUUCGACCCAAGGCUGUGAUUAGGUAUAAACUAUAGAAAAUACAUAGAAAUACUGGUUCGUGUAAGAAACAAACAAACAAACAAAAAAAUAGCAGACCGUUUUGUGCAGUUUGGCUGUGGAGAGGGGCAACUUUGUUUGAUAGCCAAGUCAAAGCAAAGGCUACAUCUUUCUGUGAGGAGAAACUGGUAAAUCCCUUUGACCUUGCCCCCUCCAACUGAUCGCAUAGGAGCCCCCCUUUGUGGUCAGUGCGCAUGUGCCGGGGCUGGACAGCGCCAGAGAGGGAAAUUUAAAAACGGUUUGCAGAGAAAACUGCAGACAAAAUACAGACACAGAGACAGCACCUCAGCACUGCAGAACUAGGAAACCAGCAAUCCUACCCAGGAGAUGAUAGAAAGCGAAAUCACACCCAGAAUGUCAGGAAUUCUUGGAAAUUCAGGACAAAGCCAUCACCCUUCAGCCCAGGACUACAGGCUGCUGACCUCCGACCCCUCCCAGCUGAGCGAGGACGACCUCCCCAGUGACCUGCAGUCCCUCUCCUGGCUGACCUCUGUGGACGUGCCCCGGCUACAGCAGAUGGCAACGGGGCGCCUUGACUUCAGCAUGAACUCCCAGAAUUCCAUGCUGGAGCAGCAGACAGCCCAGAUGAACAACAUGAAUGUAGCUGGAGGGCAGGGUGCCAUGAUUCACAUUCAGAGCAGCAUGCAGAGCAGCCUCAUGGGAAUGAACACCAUGGCAACCCACAGUGGUAAUAUGACUCCGUACUCUAUGAGUGGACAGCUAUCCCCUAGCUACCAGCAACAGCACACGCUAUACCAGCCUACUAGCCAGCAAGUCUACACCCUCUCACAGACCAGCCAGCAGGGCUCUCCAGUUGGUCUUUACAGCAACACCUCAUACGGGACCCAAACCCAGUUCAGCCAGCCAUGCCUCGCCCCUCACAACCAGGACCUGCAGCCCAAAUCCUACCCCAAACCCAUCUACUCUUACAGCUGCCUGAUCGCCAUGUCUCUGAAGAACAGCAAGACAGGCAGUCUCCCCGUCAGUGAAAUCUACAGCUUCAUGAAGGAACACUUUCCCUAUUUCAAGACAGCUCCUGAUGGCUGGAAGAACUCGGUCCGGCACAACCUGUCCCUGAACAAGUGCUUCGAGAAGGUGGAGAACAAGAUGAGCAGCUCAUCACGCAAGGGCUGCCUCUGGGCUCUCAACCCUGCCAAGAUUGACAAGAUGGAGGAGGAGAUGCAGAAGUGGAAACGCAAGGACCUGCCUGCCAUCCGUCGCAGCAUGGCCAACCCAGACGAACUGGACAAGCUGAUCACAGACCGGCCCGAGAUGUGCAGACGGAAGCUGUGUGAUCCUGGGGUGACCCAUUCCUCCUCCUCCCAGGGAGAGAUGAAUCCCCUGGCCCGCCAGCCCGUGAUGACGCUGUCCCUGCAGUCCCUGCCGCUGCAUCACCACCAGCUGCACGCCCGCCUGGCGCCCUGCUCCCCUGCCCCCGCACAGACCCCCCCUCUUCACACCAUGUCCGACCUCGCCCAGCACCCCAGCAAGCCACACCACGACUUCUUCAGCGUGAACUCCGACAUGAGCACGGAGGUGGAUGCACUGGACCCCAGCAUCAUGGACUUCGCUCUGCAAGGAAACCUGUGGGAGGAGAUGAAGGAUGAAAGCUUCAACCUGGAGACGUUAGGCGCCUUCAGCAACUCCCCUCUGCGGCUCUCGGACUGUGACCUGGGCACGGCCGGCAUGACCCCCGUGUCCAGCAGCAGUGACCUCUCCUUCUCAGACCUGCAGGUCACGGGCCUCUACACCACGUACACCACCCUGGACACGGCAUCGUCCCAGUACAUGAGCACGCAGGGCAACAACAAGCCCAUUGCUCUGCUAUAGGGCCAGCGCAGAGAGAGCUAUCAAAGAGACUAUAAAGAAACUAGACUUGUAUUCAAAAAAUAAAUUACAUUUAAACUCCUGACAUUUGCACAGUGGCACUGAUCUACAUGCAUGCCAAAAAACUGGCUACUCACUUCCUUUCUUCCUCUGGUCUUUGUGGGAAUCACAGCAAGCCACCAGCUGUCACCAGUGAACUUCAUGGCCAGGUUGCACACUGUAUGCUUUCACACACUGCUGUCAGGCUUCAGUGAAACCUGUUCACCCAGUCCUGAGAAAGGCACAUUAUUUUGAUGCUGCUGAUUCCAGCAGGCUAUGCAUUGUCCCUCUGUGCAGGACAUGUCUGCUCUAGAUCUUGACACUAAAUGGCUGCAACUCACUUCUCUGCUUUUUGGCAGAACUUCUCUCCUAUACAUUCUUGUCUUCCAACACAGCAAGGAUCCCUUAGUAUCCAAGUCUCUGCAUUCAAACAAUUGUCUCCUUUUCAGUCAAAUACUGAACUGCAGAGUCCAAACUUUGCCUUAUGAGAGUUGACUUUGAUUUUUAAGAGUUGUUUUGUAGUUGCAUUGUAAAUCCAGAUGAAGCAAAAGCGCAUGUCACCUUUGCAGGGCACUUACAUGGGGCAUUAUAUCGAAUUUAUCGCUUGAGGUCUGGAUGGACAAUGCUAAUAUCUUACUUGCUGUACAUAUCAGAUCUAUUUUGAACCAUGUGCCACUGUUUUCAUUUAAGGGUAGCAGUUAACUGUGACCGAGCACCUAGACUUGAAAAUCUGAAAAGGACAAAGUGAUGGUUGCAAAAGACUGCUUGUGAUAUAACUGUGUUUUAUCAAACACAUGUACUAAUGUAAAUUUGAAGGAUAUGAACUGUGUAAUAUAAUAAAGAGCGACCGUAAAACAAAAAAUUAAAUUGUUCAUUUGCCAAAACAAGAUAGGAAUAGUGUUGAAUGUUAGAUUUAUAAUAAUAUUAUUAUUAAUGAUAGCGGUGUCUUGUGUUUUUCUGUACUCGUGCUAGGCAGUAUUACUGUUUGUAUUUCUAUUUAUUGAUGUGAUGAGAGAGAGAUGAGGCAUGCUGGUUGUUAAUCAAGCACUGUUUACAUGUUCUCAGGCUGCAUUAUCCCUUUAUAUGUGAUCAGCUCUUCAUUUUACAGACGUCCUUAUCAAAGGAAAAGUUUGCAUGUGAUUCACAAUUAUAAAGUGCUUUAUAUUUCCUUAAGGCUAAUUAAAGCAAUGCCAACACUUUUUCUUGUAAUCUCAGCACAAAAACACCAAUCAAAGCCCCUUUGGUUUUUCUUGUGUUUUUAACUGUAAGACGACUUCAUUAUUUUCAUUGAACUAAUGCUAAAUGUAUUUAAAUAUUUAAAAUUAAUUAACUUAUUUAAUGUAUACAUUUGGUGUUAAUGUUAUAAUUAUUAAGAGGCUUGCACUGCAAGUUUUGACUUUCCCCUUUUGUACAAAUUUAAUUAUGUUUUCUUCUAAAAUAAGUGGUUUUAAAUACUUCAUCACAAUGAUACAUUCAUAGCUUGUACAUCACUCAAUGGGGGAUGCUGCAGCUUUACCCCUUCAUUAUUACAGAGGGAAAACUUCAUAUAAGAUACAUCAACUGCGUUUGUUGUAAAGUAUUGUGUUUAUGUUGUUAUUUUGUAUACAUUUUAGGGGUACUAAAAGGAACAAAAGUAAAUUAUCUUU